AUGACACCCCAGAGCCCAGGCGACAUGGAUGGCUCUCACCCUCGUGCUCCUCCAUGGCCUCUGCAGGGCGACACUGAAAAGGACCUGGAGCGUCUCGACGGCGAGAGCAGCACAUCCGCCCCUGAAGCCACCGAGCCAACGCCUCGAGACCCCAGCGUCGUCAGCUGGGACGGGCCCGACGACCCCGAAAACCCUCUCAACUGGCCCCUGGCCAGAAAAGCGGCGGCCAUAGGAGUCGUUUCAGCCAUCACCUUUCUCAGCCCCCUAGCGUCGUCCAUCUCCGCCCCUGGCAUUCCCCAGGUCAUGUCCGACUUCAAAUCGACAAACGAAGAGCUCGCGUCCUUCAUCGUGUCCGUCUACGUCCUCGGCUACUGCUUCGGGCCCUUGGCCAUUGCGCCGCUGUCGGAGAUUUACGGCCGGGCGCCGUUGUAUAACAUCUGUAACGUCGGCUUCCUCGUCUUCACCGUCGCUUGCGCUGUGGCCCCGAAUCUCGGGGCGCUGGUGGUCUUCAGGCUGCUCGCAGGCCUUGCCGGCAGCUGCCCGAUGGCCCUCGGGCCCGGGACCAUUGCCGAUCUCGUCGCUCGGGAGAGGCGAGGGAAAGUAAUGGCUGCGUGGGUGUCUGGACCUUUGCUGGGGCCUGUCAUCGGGCCCAUCGCGGGAGGAUACCUGACACAGGCCAAGGGCUGGCGGUGGUCCUUUUGGCUGCUGGCCAUUGCGGGAGGCGUCGUCAUGCUCGCCUCGUUUGUCAUGAUGCGCGAGACUUAUGCGUAUGCGAUCCUCAACCGCAAGACCAAGAAGCUUCGUAAGGAGACUGGGAACCAGGGCCUUCGCUCCUCCCUCGAUAACGGUCAUUCGUCGAGAGAAAUUUUUGCCACGGCCAUCGUCCGACCCAGCAAGAUGCUCAUUUUCUCCCCGAUCGUCUUCCUCCUUUCCCUCUACAUGUGCAUACUGUACGGGUAUCUCUACCUCAUAUUCACAGCCCUCCCAGACUUGUUCCAGCACGAAUACGGCUUCUCAACCGGCCAGGUCGGCCUCACUUACCUUGGCAUCGGAGCUGGUUCGGCCCUCGGCCUGGUGGUUUGUGGCGCCGCAUCUGAUCGGCUGGUGGAAACCCUGAGACGGAAACACGGCGGAGAGUUCAAGCCAGAGUACCGGCUGCCUCUCAUGGUCAUUGCGGGAUCGGCCGUUCCGAUUGGGCUCUUCUGGUUCGGCUGGACAGCCCAGGCGCAACGGCACUGGAUCCUCCCUAUCAUCGGCACGUCAUUUCUGGGGUUCGGCAUGACCCUCGCGUUUAUGGCGAUAUCGACGUACCUGGUCGAUGCUUUUGGUGCAUUCGCUGCAUCGGCAGUGGCCGCCAGCACCGUCCUUCGUUCGCUCGGCGGUGCGGUGUUGCCGCUGGCCGGAGGCAAGAUGUUUGUAACGCUGGGCUUUGGUUGGGGUAGCUCGCUUCUGGCCUUCAUCGCCUUGGCCAUGAUUCCGGUCCCGAUAGUCUUCUUUCGAUACGGCGAGCACAUCAGGAAAAAGAACCUCUUGGGCGUUAAGUUUUGA